AUGCGCUGUCCCUGAAUCUUCAUGCCAAACGUGACUUUGAAUGACAAACACACGCUGUUUAUUCUCUUUGCUUUCUUUUUUACUUUCAUCAAUGGUCAUAAAGCUAUUUUGGCCUUCUCACCUUUGUUCUCCUAAAGCGAAACAAGGAUUUUUGAUAGGAUGGCAUAAUAAAGAAAAAGUGAUAUGUGUUGCUUCUGUUGUGUCUGGUAUUGAGCUAAAAGAGUUGCAAGAUAUACUCAAAGAGUUUUGCUUCUCAGGAGAAUAUGCUGAAUAUACACACAUUAAUAAAGUAUGUAAUGUGCCGCCUCAAAUCCUUGGUAUUUUGAUUAAGGAUCAAUGCAAUACUGUUUCUUUAAAUGAUCAAGCUUGGUUAACAAUAUGCCUAAAUGAUGCUUAUAUACCAAUACCACUUUCUAUGACAAUCAACCAUAUCGAGUCAAGUUGCAAUCAAUAUGAAGUCGUGUUUUAUGAGCAACCGAAUCCAAAGCGACUUCAAUUUUUAGCACUAGAUCCACUCGAACUCGAUAUAUCCUCCAAAAAUAUGGAUAUGCAUACGGCAAUGGAUAAAAAGCAAUCAGAGACACAAAAACAUCUGAAUACAAUUGUGGAUUACAGUCAUCAAUUGAAUGGACACAUGAGACCAGAAUGUGAUGAUUUGAGCCUUGUUCUUGUCCAGAUCAACUCUUCUUAUUUUCUCGAGCAUGGCAUACAGACACUCGCUUUGGAAUAUAAGAAAAAGACAAUCACAAAAUAUGCUAGUCUAAAUUACAUUACAAAACUAGUUUCUAAUGCAACUAAAUACUUGAUACGUGUCAUUAUCACUAGCCCAAAAGGGUUAAUUGGCUAUCUUGCAGAAAAAGUCAUUGUCAGUGUGUUUAUGUGUACUUUGUUUGUCAUCUUGAGUUUGGCAGAAGUGACGCUUCAUUUACUACAUGUCAGACUACCAACCUUUGUCCUGAAUGGUGUUGCACUCAAGGAUUUAUCUGCCGCUGGUCAACAGGUUGAUUUAAGACUACAACAACUCUUUUUUUGGCCUCGUCAAUACAUGAUGUUACAAAAACAUAACUGGGCCAAUACAGCAAAAGCAAGAGCGCAUUAUAUUAGUUUUUAUAACAGUAUGUGGCUAGUAGCUAACGAUAUCAUCAUUGGGUUAGCAAUGGGAUCAUUUUUGAUGGCGAACCAUCGGAUCAUAGCUCAUCAUUUACACAAGUUGCUUCAUGAAUAUACAGUGGAAUCACUUCAAUCCAUGAUGCUAUGGUUUUUGGAAUCACCGGCAGGUCUAAAAUUAAAUCAUGAACUAGGUAGUUUUUUGAGUGAAUUGUUUCUCUGGUUGAUUCGGUUAUGGACAUUAUGCACACAAACCAUUGAACCGUAUACACCUCAAAUGAUCCAUUUUAUUGGGUUUUCAGGCAUCUUUGGUAUCACCAUGAUCAUUUCUCUCUCGUCUGAUCUGCUGGCUUUCAUGACAUUGCACAUUUACUGCUUUUAUAUGGUCGCAGCUCGUAUCUUCAACUGGCAGUUGGUGAUCUUGAAUUCACUGUUCAACUUGUUUCGAGGCAAAAAACAGAAUAUUCUGCGUCACCGUAUUGAUUCCUGUGAUUAUGACCUGGAUCAGUUGCUUUUGGGAACCAGUCUUUUUACUCUGUUGACAUUUCUGUUUCCUACGGUCUUGAUUUAUUACAUGACAUUUGCUGUGAGUCGUGUGGGUGUUAUCUUUUUACAAGCUGUGAUGGAGACUAUUUUAGCUUUUUUCAAUCAUUUCCCAUUGUUUGCUAUUAUGCUUCGAUUGAAAGACCCACAUCGUUUACCAGGCGGCCUUGAAUUUGAAAUCUUUAGUCAAGAUAGCUUCCUGCUUGAACACCAUGGUAUUUUUCACAGGAUAAAGCAAAUCUGGUAUUCGCUUCGAAGGAAAGAUAUUGCAGGAUCUUCUUCUAUGUCAAGCAAGAUACCAUCAAAACAGAAUGCGAUCCAUGGCGCUUAUUUAUGGAUGCGGAAUAUGCCGAUUCCUUUAAGUGCUAUCUUUUUUCAAUACAUGCUGCUCUGGAAGCGUCUCAGUGCGCACUAUUUUUCAGCCUAUGUGUUUAAUUGCCUACUUUAUGGAGAACCUAUUAAGCCUAUACCAAAGCUUCAGUAUUCUAUGCUACCAGAUAAAAGGCCAAGCUUAUCUACUAUUUGGCAAUCGCUACUCUUAACCUUGCGAACCACUCGGCCGAAAAAUGAAUAAAUCAAUGGCAAAAGUACCUGUGUAAAUAAAUAAAAAUGACUUGUUUUGAAUUGGAUGCAAUGAGGCUAUUGCUUGAUUCAUGUUUAAGUAUGCUUUUGGUUUGGAUCGCCUAUUGAUUCAAUCUGUUGUUUUCUUUAAAUAAGCAUUGAAAAGUAUUUGGUUCGCUGUCUUUUCAUUGAUUGAUUUUUUUCGUUUGUUUGUUUGUUUGUUUGUUUGUUUGUAGAAUAAUGGGUAUCUUGACUUUGAAGUAAAGCCAUGAUCAUACCAAGUGGUACAUACA